CCAGCGUGGCGGCGCUGCACCUGCUGCUCUGCGCCCUGCUGCUGCGCACCUUCCUGCUGAAGUUUCCUCGCAGCUUCACUCCUGGCGAGGCGUUACUGCUGGCGCAGGGCACGUCGCUGUAUGCCGUGCAUGCCAUCGCCAUCACCUGCUCUCAGCUUCUGCCAUCCCAUCUGCUGCCGCUCAGCCUUCUCCCCCCCGCGCCACCCUCAUCGUCCUCCGUCAACCUCUUUCUCGCGCGCGCCGACGCCAGUGUGCAGGCCCUCGUGCUGGCGAUGCUGCUGCUGCCUCUGCUCUCCUCCACCGUCUCCGCGCCUGCAAGCGCCACGCGCCCAGCCCAGCACGGGGGGCGCACGGCAGCAUUCUACGCCGCGCUGCUGCUGCUGCUGGGCCACCUCGUGCCGCUCUGGCUCGCCCUCGCCGCCCACGCCACGCACGUGCCACCGCCUCCUAUGCUCUGGUGGCUGCGGGAGGUGCUGUCCAAUGGGCCGCUCUGGCUCUACUGGCUGCUGCUCCUCCUCCUCCUCCUGCCGCUUCUCUCCCGCCUUGCCCCCUCCUCCACGCGCACGCCCCACACCAUCCCCUCUGCCCCCCCCCUGUCCACUGCUUCGCCCACGCCAUCCACUGGCUUCGCUGUCCCCCCCCCGGCGGCGGUCCCCCCAGUGCCCCACGUGGUGCUGCGCAAGGCCUUCCACGUGCUCGCCCUCGCCAUGUUCCUCCCACCCAUGCUGCUGCAGCCCGCCUUCCUCCGCCUUGCCUUGGGCGUGUGCUUUGCCUUCUUCCUCCUCUUGGAAGCCAUGAGAUACCAGGGCAUUCCGCCACUCUCCGCCCCCCUGGAGGCCUUCCUUCGCCCCUUCACUGACGCCCGCGACGCCGGCCCGCUCAUUCUCAGCCACUUCUCUCUGCUGCUCGCCUGCAUGCUGCCUCUCUCCCUCACCCCGCCCGCCUUCCUCUCUUCCUCGCACUCGCCAAUCCAAGCCUGCCACGUGGCACCCUUUGCGGGGCUGCUGAGUGUCGGCAUUGGGGAUACCAUG